AUGCCUUAUCCUUCGCCGAAGGAUGGAGUCCUGCCUUCUGUAGGAAAGACAACUGUUGUCUACGGCGGCUCGUCUUCUGUCGGCUCCGUAACCACCCAGCUCGCUGCAACGGCUGGGCUCCACGUCAUCACCAUUGUCGGUGUGAAGAACUUUGAUUUGUCGAAGCGUAGCGGAGCGACCGAGUGCUUCGAUCACAAGCAUCUUUUCCCGGUCGAUCGAAUUGUCAAAGCAGUUCGCAAGUCGGGACAAGAGUUUGUCGGCAUCGCUGAUGCCAUCUCGAUCCCCGAUACCAUUGCCACAGAUCUCGAGAUCCUCGAUCACCUCGGUGGUGGUCACCUUGCGCUCACGCACCCUCAUAUGGAUAAAGAGGUAUCUGGUAACAUUGAGAUAGACUGA